CCCCAGCUUCCCCGCGUCCCCCUCCUCCCCAUCAAACCAUCUUCUCUGCCACUUCCAUCUCACUACAAAUGGCUCCAGCUGGUGAAGCAACCAGCUCCAUGCGCAUCUGGGGUAACGCCCGCGGAGACGCACUCCGCAUGAUGAUCUCCAUCGCCGCUUCCUCCGCUUUCUUGCUUUUCGGAUACGACCAGGGUGUCUUCGCUGGUCUCAUCGGUGGUAACGCCUUCAAGGAGACUUUCCCCGCCUCGACCAAGACGCUCGGAACGAUCGUUGCCAUCUACGAAGUCGGAUGUUUCUUCGGUGCUGUUCUUACCUUCUUCGUCGGUGAGAAGUUGGGAAGGAGGUGGUCUAUUGUCGUUGGGUUGAUUAUCAUGUUGGUUGGUACUGUGUUGCAGGCUACUGCGUACGGUAUCCCGCACAUGAUCGUUGGACGUAUCGUGACUGGUAUCGGAAAUGGAAUGAACACCUCUACUGUUCCGAUGUACCAGGCUGAGACCUCGAAGGCUCAUUCCCGUGGACGUAUGGUGUCGAUCGAGGGAUGGUUCAUUACCGUCGGUAUCGUCAUUUCGUACUGGGUCACGUACGGUACCGCCGGUGUCCCCGAUGGUGCCAUUCAGUUCCGUCUUCCUAUUGUCUUGCAGGCUCUCUUCGCUAUUAUCACGCUUAUCCUCAUUUUCGGAUUGCCCGAAUCUCCGCGUUGGUUGAUGAACUGUGGUCGUGAGGUGGAGGCUCGUGAGGUUAUUGCUUUGUUGGAGGGCGUUCCCAUCGAGUCCGAGGAGUGCGAACGUCAGUUCAACGAUAUCAAGGUUUCCCUCUCUGCCGAGUCCCAGGGCGGCCCGAUCCAGUUCAAGGAGUACUUCCGUGGUGGUGAGCAGCAGACUUUCCGUCGUCUCUUGUUGGCGUACGGUAUUCAGAUGAUGCAGCAGCUUACCGGUAUCAACGCUGUUAUCUUCUACUCUGCUUACCUCCUCCAGAACACCCUCGGUUUGGACCGUGAGUUGUCUUUGAUUGUUGGUGGAUGUACUGGAUUGUGUUUCUUCGUCUUUACCUUCAUUCCUAUCAUCUUCAUCGACAAGUGGGGUCGUCGCAAGCCUCUUAUCUACGGAGCUGCUUUCCAGGCCGUCUGUAUGUGCAUGAUCGGUGUCCUUAUCGGUGUUGGUGGAAAGUCCGCUGGUACCGCCGCCAUCAUCUUCGUCUUCCUCUACAUUGCCUCUUACUCUGGUUUCGGCUGGGUCGCCUGUCCCUGGCUCUACCCCACCGAAAUCGUCGAGCUCCGUUUCCGUUCCAAGGGUACCGCUCUCGCCACCAUGUCCAACUGGUCCUGGAACUUCAUGGUCGUCGAGAUCACCCCCAUCGGUGCCGAGACUUUGGGCUACAAGUUCUUCUUCAUCUUCAUGGUUUUCAACGCGUGUUUCGUGCCGUUGAUUUACUUCUUCUACCCCGAGACCGCGGGUAAGAGUUUGGAGGAGUUGGACUUGUUGUUUGUUACGGAUCGUGAGGGAGCGUUUGCUGGAAGGUUCGGAAACCAGCAGGGGAGUGGAAGGUCGAGCGAUGACUUUGACAUGAAGAACAUGGGUGUUGAGAGGAUUGAGGCGGGUGAGAAGUCUUCUUCUGUUGUGUAAAGAGCGAGAGGGUUGUGCAUAGCAGUGUGAUUUUUCCA